AUGCUGAUCAAAGUCAAGACACUGACAGGCCGGGAGAUCGACCUGGACAUCGAGCCCACAGACAAGGUCGCAAGGAUCAAGGAGAGAGUAGAGGAGAAGGAAGGCAUCCCCCCUGCGCAGCAGAGGCUCAUCUUUGGUGGAAAGCAGAUGCACGACGAGAAGGGAGUGUCUGACUUUGGACUGGAGGGAGGAUCGGUUCUGCAUCUCGUGUUGGCUCUACGAGGCGGCUCAAGCUUGCUAUAG